AUGAACGUAAUUAUUAGUAGUAUUGUACUUUUACUUAUCUUCUCUACAUCAAACGUCAAAUCAAAAAUUCUUCGCGGAGAACUCGUUACAAAUCAAAAUUGGGCGUUUUUAGCUAGAUUCUGUUUUCUGACUGAAAAAGGGAAGUUCCGCUAUGACUUCGUCGUUAAAGAAAAUUCGAAUGAAACUUCCAACGUGAACUUGUUGCUUUAUUAUGACGCGCCAAAUCAGUGGCCCAGUGUUUACCCAUCAGACAAAACAUGCGAGCAAAAAAAAUCUAUUUUAAGUCUUGAUCACGGGCAAAUAGUACCACUAUCAGCUAGUCUCGCAAGAAUAUCAGGUUGCGAACAACUCGACGACCCAUGGGCUAAAUUGCAUUGUACAAGUUACCGUGAAUUCAGAUCAUCGAGACCACGCUGGUGGUUCAUCGUUUUAGCAGACUGCUCGUCGAAAAGUGGACUUAAUGUUUCUUAUGACAUGAGUCUGACGAACGGUGAAUCGGGCAGUUUCUGGAGAGAACACUUUUCUGCUGAUGAAUUCUGGUUACUACCGCUUUUAAUAGGAGCAGAAAGCGCUUACAUUUUGCUUGUAAGUUACAGCCUCUACGUAUCAUUUCAACUACGCGAACGACGCCUUCUUCAUGUAACAUACAAAUUAUUUAUGAUUUCACUGAUUUACCAAUUAAUUGGAAUCAGCCUUGAAAUUUAUAGUCUCGCCUAUCGUGGUGCAACAGGAUUCGAAUCUCGUCGAGCUGAACUUUUUGGCAAUCUCUUCGAAUCAUGUGCAGAAACGUUGUUUACUCUGUUGAUACUCCUUCUGGCCCUAGGGUACACAGUAACUAAAAGUGUUCUAUCAAACAAACAAUUAUGGUGUCUUAUUUGGUUCAUUGGAACUAUUGUUUUCUUGCAACUGGUGCUUUUUAUCUAUGAAGCCGAGGUCUUUGAUCCUGGAUUGGUUCUUUAUAUUUACGAGUCACCUCCUGGUUUCGGACUUAUGGCUCUCAAAGUACUCGCUUGGGGUGUCUUUGUAGCCUGUUGCUACCGAACCAGCCGUAAAAGCAGCAGUAAGUUUCAUUUUUAUGCUUCAUUACUGUCACUCGGGUCCGCGUGGUUCCUUUGUCAUCCUCUCACGGUACUUGCAAUCACGUUUGCCGUUGAUAAAUGGGUAAGACAAAGUGUUGUAAAAGGUUGUUCACUGUGGAUUAUCUUUGUUGGACACGCAAUGUUUCUUUACGUGACACGACCCACAUCUUCCAACGAACGUUUUCCAUUUCACAUAAGAACAUGGCAAGUGGUCCCCAUUGCCGUUGGACAAAAUAAUAAUUAUGAACCAAGGAGAGGUGGUACUGCUGCAAUUUUUACUAUAAACUUAAAUAGGAAUCGCGCAAGACCCACAUAA